UUACAAAUGUUAAAUGGUCGUAAAAGCGUCUGCGUACGAGACGUGUGUCGCGUUGCUUUCGUGACUACUGUGCGUUCGCAGUAAUAGUUAAUUUUCAUUUUCAUUACAAAAAUAGCGAUUUAGACUAAGCUAUGUAUUAAAUCAGUGUAUAGAUAUAACGUUUCGAUGUUAAUGUAAUGUUAUAGUGAUUUAUUAUACAUAAACAAACAAAAACAUUGUGUUUUUUUAAUUUUUGGGGUGAGCAAAACGAGUUACUUUCGACCGUGUCCGUGAAGGGAAAAUUAAACAGCUGUUUGAGCAUAGUAUGCUUCGUAUUGUCCCGGCUGUGGUGAAAUACCUCGCCGGUUAUGGAGCAGCUGUUGAUUUCCCUGUAAUGACAUCCUAACACAACCAAUGCGAGAGGCUGCGUCCACGACGAUAACUCUCGCAUACAAUUAACGUUAUCGCAUAGUGCGGUUCUGAUAACUUAAUAAUCGAACGCAAGUCGCGCGGGUUGCACGCAUUCAGCGCCCCAGUGUUAGUGUCAGUGAUUUUGAAAAUCGAAUGUGCAUUUAAAAAUGCGUGUCGGCAAUCUGUGGUCAGGCCUGGCUGUCAGCUGGGUAGUGACGUUUGUUCAGUGUCAUACGGCGGGAAGCGAAUUGGAAUCAACGAGAUACGGUCCAGCCGAAGAGAGAUUUGGUAGUGAUACAUAUACCAUAGCGAAUAUAAAUAUAACAUAUGAAGAUGAGCAUGGCGAAAUGUUUACAGACACAUCCGAGGUGAGAAAGAAACACUACGUACUACACUAUUCCUCCGGGAAGUACGGCGAGGGGAUAGUCAGCAAUGCCCACGGCAUAGCCGUGCACGUUCGUGGUAGGGGUCCACAGGGGGCCCACGACCACACGGGCUGUCAGCCGCCCCUAAUCUCGACGGCUGCUCCUACGCAACCGCUUCCAACUGAGCCUUGGAUCGCCGUCAUACGCCGAGGCAGUUGCAAUUUUGAGAUCAAGGUGCAGAACGCUUGGAAGGCAAAUGCGUCGGCGGUUCUCAUUUAUAACGACAGAGACACACCGAUGUUGGAAAAAAUGAAAUUAUCCACUGACAAUGGGCGUAACAUAAGCGCUAUAUUUACAUACAAGUGGAAAGGAGCGGAAAUCACUCGGCUGGUGGACAAUGGAACUCGAGUUAUGAUCUCCAUCGUACGAGGGCAAACUUUUACACAUAUCAAUAAUAAUAUUAAUAAGACUUCAGUGCUUUUCGUCUCGAUCUCAUUCAUUGUGCUGAUGGUAAUCUCACUGGCGUGGCUGGUCUUCUACUAUAUACAACGCUUCAGAUAUAUACACGCUAAAGACAGAUUAUCGAAACGACUUUGCUGCGCCGCGAAAAAGGCAUUAUCGAAAAUACCAGUUAAAAGCCUGAAGACUGAGGACAGGGAGGUGCAGGGUGACGGUGAGUGCUGCGCCAUCUGUAUUGAGCCUUACAAAGUGUCGGAAACGUUAAGAUCUCUUCCUUGUAGACACGACUUCCACAAGAACUGCAUCGAUCCGUGGCUACUGGAACACCGCACCUGUCCCAUGUGCAAGAUGGACAUACUCAAGUAUUACGGCUUUGUGUUCACGGGCAGUCAAGAGAGUAUUCUGCAGUUGGAUGUUGAGGAAGCCAGGAGUCGAGCCCUCAGUCCGGCGAUGUCGCCCGCACGGAACAGACAUCCGCUGACAUUGCUAACAUCCGACAACUCGUACGGCGAGACCCACAGCGAGCGCAGUAGCCGCGCCUCUUCGCCUGACCAUCUCGUGCCGCCACACGGACAUAGGUCGAAUGAAGAGUCAUCAAGCGAAGAACAGGAAGGUUGUUCGCAAGAAGAGCCGAACCCCGGCACUAGCGAUGCCUGAGACAUCGCCUCAAGUAGUCCCAGACCACAUUUGAGGUCUCAUAGGCCGCCAUGAUCUUGGACAGUUCGAUCUCACGUUUAAGAUUGUGGCUAGAGAUGUCUUUUGUAGUCUAAACUCCGCAUUGGCAUGUCUCUUACAAAGUCUAAUCGGAGAACUCAAAUUGUGGUCGACGACUUCCCCGUGCCAAAUCCCCCCCCUCCCCUCGCAAUCCCGAAUGGCUGGAGCUGAAUGCGAAGCGGAGUGAAUCUACCAUUGGAAUCACUGUGUGAACUUGAGCAACGCGACAUCUAUUGAGAUAAAAAUACGAUUUUGUUCCAAUCAAGUCCGUAUUUUACAGGAAAUAUUCUGGUUCAAGUUGGACGUAAUUGAUAUAUCAAUACCGAUCGAAGGUUGUGAAGUACGGAAUUAGUGUUUUAUAUGGAAAGUAAAGUUCAUACCCUUUUGUACGACAAAUGUUUUUCAGUGUCCUAAAAAAUCGAUUUCAAUAAAUACUAAAUGAACUAAGAGCUGAGAGAGAGAUUUUCUGAGACACUGAGGCAAUUAUAUGCAGUUUUAAUGUUUACUUCUAAGCUAUUAUUCUAAAUGAACUUAUUCUAGAUAUUAUCGUGUUAUCUUCUAUUGUACGACUAUUUAUCAUUCUUUAUCUGUAAGAACAGUUGCAUUAUCAUCGCAUUAACUAAACCUGGAUUUUACGUUUAAAGAAACGACUCGCUGUAAUUACGAAUGGUUGGUUAAUAUAGAACCCGGGUUAGACUUGCAAUAAAAAAUAUUCUUUAUCUCUAGCUUUAUGUAUUGUAGUGUAAAGGAUAGCAAUAUUAUUUAGACAUGUUUUUCAUCGAGUCUCGUAUUGCUAGCCCAUCUGCAUAUAAUUGUCUAGAUACGCUAGUUUCCGUGUGUUCAUUUAUUUAAGGUUAAUACUCAAAAAGGCAAAAAAAAUCCAGUGAUAAGAGUGGUGGAUGACAAGUGAUAUUUUAUAAGGACUAUUUAGUUAUAGUGAUAUAAACCGCGACUCCGCCUAGGCAACUGGUACCAAAUGGAUCCAAAAUUAGAUUGACCAAUUUUCUGACUUUAAAAUAUAUAUAAAAAUGUAAGGUCAGCAGAGAUCCAACAUUUCAUUUGAAAUAUGAAGCCAUAGAAUUUUGUUUGGUUGAUCUCAUUGUAUCCACUUAAUCGCGAAGACUUAAAAAACGUGCGUGCAUUAUAAUAAAAAACAAAAAAUCUUGGUUAUCUUAUUAAACAACUGUACAAUUGUUUACAAACAGCCCUUAUCUUGUAUUUAGUUAUAUUUUUUUUAAAUAUGAGUUUUUUGACUAUUUAAAAAUUACUCGAACUAUAAGAAUUCCCACGUAAUGAAAUAUGUACAGAUGUUUUAAUAGGAUACAAAAAAUAUACUUAGGAAGAUAGAAUUGACAGUUGAAUGACAGCUGUCACUUAUUUGUCGCCCUUAGAACGUUGUUGAAGCAAUAUGGUGUCACAUUUUUCAAAAGUUUAUUCUAACUUCCUGCUAAUAGAUUUCAUAAUUCUUUGAAUUUGUACCUUUUUAAAGAUGACAGGACUGCGUCCACGUCAUGAUUACCGCUUAGAAAUUUUGCUUGAUUGUGAAGCUCCUUAUUUUCGCGGCAUUAUCUUAGUCUGUGGUAAUUUAUAUUUUAGUGAUAUGGUUGUUGGCCCUUUCAUUUAUCAUUGUAAGAUGUCCGUCCAUAGAAUUAACUUACCAUUUUCUAAUAUUUUAACAGUUUUUAAUAGUUCGCUAGUUUACAGUCUAAAAUUCUAUUCUAAUUAUAUUAUUUACUUCUCGAAUUCCUUUUAAAAUACCCAGGGUAAUCAGAAAACGUAAGUUUAAGUUUGCUUCGAUAUCAGUAAAAAUAAGUUGUCUUACUAAUUUCGAAAAUUAAGCUUUGUAAGGGUUUCGUUAUAAAUUCUAUAUUAAUAGGGCCAAACAACCAACCCGACCUGUUGAUCUAGGAACCAGCGGUAGACUGCAGAAUUAUGUGGCUCUAAUUUAGUUAAUACAUUCUAGUCUGAUUACGCUAGCUGCAUCGCUUUCGGUAUUAAGCUCUUACACCAUAAAUUCCAGAUAUGUCAAACUUGAUGACCGCUGUGAAGAUUCGCGUAGUGCAUAGAGCAAAUAUUUCUAUCGUGCGAUGUUAUCUCCGCUUUAUACAAAUAAGCUAUAUUCACACCGUUCAAAAAGUUUUACAGAAUAAUGUAAUUUCACAUAAGUUUCAAUCCAAAAGCGAUAUAGUUAGUUUUAUUUGUAAGCUUAAAAUAUAUUAAGUUUUGUAAGCAUUUAAGUUGUAACGUGUACUUUUAAGGUACUUAUUGAAAAUCCAAUGGAUUUUAUAUUAACAAGGAGACUGGUAUGUACUUUACGGUAACUACAGAUAUGGUCUAAAGUUGUAUAUGUAUUUACAUUCCCCUCAUAUUAUGUACUCCAUGUGUGUACGAAGUGUUUAAAUAAAAACCAAUACAGUAUUGA